AUGCUAAGCUCCCCCCUCCAGCUCUGCUCUCCCGCCGGUUCCAGCCCGAGUCACCGUGCCUUUCUCUCGGGCCCCUCUCCUCCCCCGCACGCCCUCGCGUUCGUGCCGGCGAGACUCGUGUCUCUCUCCACCUCGCCGUGCUCGUCUCUCGCUGCCGCUGCCUCUUUGGCGACGGUUCCCAUGCUUCUCCCCUUCCUUGCUGCCGACGAUCUCCGGGCGAGCGCCUGUCUCCGCCGCCUUCUCUUCCCCGCUGCUGCCGGACGAGAGGCGAGCGGAAUCCGCCGCUCACCCUCCUCUCCCAUUGCGCUUGCGGGCCAGACGUCCGUGCCUCCCCGCCGCGCCCCUCUUGCCGCUGGCCGCGCCUCUUUGAUGAGCUGGGCCCCUCCUCGCGUCCUUCUUCCCGCUGCCAGUGGUGGCUGGCUGCGCGUGGCUCGCCCUCCCAUCCUCCCUUGUGCAUCAGCUGCCUGUCUGGCGAUCGUGCGCCGUCUUCGCCCCAGCCCCCUUGUGCCUGGCGCCAGUCGAGUUCGCUGCGUCCUCCUCUGCCUCUUCCUCGCCGGACGUCUCCCACGCUUCUUCCUUUUCUGCGGCCUCCCCUCCUUGGUCGGCGUCGAAUCGCUCGACGCCCUGCCGACGGCCCCUCUCAUCACGGCGGCGCCCGCGCUCUUCCGGCGAGUGGAACACUCCCACAGCGCGUCGGUCUCCACUCCCGUAUCCAUCUCCGCGAUCAUGCCCCCUUCGCCACACGUCUCCGUCCGCGCUUGUGGCGUAUCCUUCUCCACCCGCUGCCACGCUAGGCCUCCCUUCCGCCCGUCGGUCCCCAACGACGGGGACUCUAUCUGCGCGAAAUGCCGGCCUUCGCGGCGAGCGCUCCAGAGAUCGCCCGCGCUCGCAUGA